UUGUUAUAUUCUGAAGUCCCCCGCUAUUAUACUUGGAACACAUCUAGGAAGGAGUGGAAACGCCGUAUUCAAGGCGCGCCUGUUGCAAAUUGGCCUGGUGUAAAGUCAUCAGACGCCUUUGGUCGUGUGUAUACCGUCCAUGUAACUAAUUUUGAAUGUUUCUGUUUACGAUUGCUGCUGCACCAUCUUCGGAGUCCUAUAGGAUAUAAAGACCAUAAAACUGUCAACGGUCAGGAAUGCGCAACUUAUAGAGAAGCAUGUGAAGCUCUGCAUCUUUUAGAAAACGAUAAUCACUGGGAUGAAACCAUGAUGGAAUCUGAGCAGUGCCACUCACCAGCCAAAAUUAGGGAUCUUUAUGCAACUCUCAUAUCAUCUUGCGGGCUAUCUAAUGCACAUGAAUUGUGGGACAAAUAUAAAGAGUACAUGGCGGAAGAUAUUUUGCAAAGGUUACAGCAGACACACGCGAACAUGACAUACAAUGAACACAUUUAUAAUGAAGCACUUGGAAAAAUUGAAGAUGAAGUAAUGGCAAUGGUAGGCAAAAAAUUAAGCUACUUUGGAAUGAUAAGCCCUCAGCGAACAAUCGAAAAUGAACUAAGUGAUGAAAUUAUAUGUGAAACAAACUACAAUAUAUCAGCUUUGCAGCAGCAAGUAGCCGAAUUUGUGCCCCGCUUGCUUCUCGAACAAAAACGAGUUUUUGACAAAGUGUUAGGACAAAUUGAAUCUGGAAAUGGUGCACUUUUCUUUUUAGAUGCCCCUGGUGGAACUGGAAAGACAUUUUUGUAA